UUGCUCAUCCUCUUCUUCGUCUCUUGGAUAUUCCGAAGUGCUGCAGAAACUAAAAAUCAGAAGUGCUGACCAGAGAUCCGAAAAUAUUCCAAGGUAGCAAUGGCGGAAGAUUUGGUAUUGGACACGGCGAUCAGAGACUGGGUAUUGAUACCGCUGUCAGUGGUGAUGGUACUCAUCGGAGUCCUACGUUACUUCGUAUCUAAGCUCAUCCGCUCCGAUCAAGUUCCCGAUAUCAAAAUCGUCAAAGAAGGGCAAGUUAUAAUUAGGGCACGGAAUCUUAGGGCGGCCGCGAAUUUCAUCCCUGCCAAGUCGUUUCGUGCUCGUAGGCACUAUUACAGCAAUGAGGAGAAUGGGUUAUUACAUGUACCUAAGGGUCAAGCUCAGAAUCCACAGGCACAGAUGUUCUCUGAUCCAAACAUGGCUAUGGAUAUGAUGAAGAAAAAUCUUUCUAUGAUCAUUCCACAGACACUUACUUUUGCAUGGGUUAACUUUUUCUUCUCUGGAUUUGUAGCAGCAAAGAUUCCAUUUCCACUUACUCAGAGAUUCAGGGCAAUGCUGCAAAAUGGUAUAGACUUGAGCACCGUUGAUGUCAGCUAUGUUAGCAGUCGCUCCUGGUAUUUUCUCAAUCUAUUUGGUCUGAGGGGUCUCUUUAGCCUUAUUCUCGGAGAAGAUAAUGCAACUGAUGAUGCACAACGUAUGAUGCAAAUGGGUGGAUUUGGAUUUGACCCCACAAGGAGUUUGGGUGCAGAGAAAGAUGGUUUAGACAUUGUUCAACAUGACUGGGCCUUGCCAAAAUUCGAGCAGCGAGCAGUAGCAGUAUUGAAGAAACUUAGCUGAAAAAUGAUUAAGGGUAGUAGCAGGCCGUAGUCAUACAUCAUUGAAGCUUCUUACCCCGAUGCUCUGUUACUGAUGCUGAUGUUGUCAUAAGCAAGAAAUUGGCAUGUAUCAAGUACUGGCCUUGGAGAAUAAGAUAUGCAAAGCACCUGUUCUUAUUGAAUGUUCCCUCGGUCGUGUUACUUCAGUAAAAGGAACCAUGCAUGAUGAGUGGUACUAUUGGUGCUCAGUUAAUUAUUGAAAUAUUGCCAACAUUUUGUCCCAAGUAUUUAAAAUAUUAGUUUUCCUGAGAAUCUGCCUCGAGGUUAUUCCGUAUUUACCUUAAUCACGGGUGUACCAUUGCAAAUGUACUUCAGUUUUUUCUGUCAAACGUAUAUUUUAUAUGACUAGUAAUAUCUUACUGCUGAUGCAAGAUUUUUGAAA